GAUGCUGUACGCAAACCAUAUGCGAUCUGACGAUAAACGACGAUGAUAUCUUUCUCGACGCCCAUCCGCUUCCGGACGAAGCCGAUCUUCCAUGGCUCGAGAUUACCAACACGCAACACGACUUUCACUUUGGUGCUGCGCUCCUGCACUUGAUCAAGCAACCAUAUCAACCAUCACACAAGCACCGCCAUCUUUACAUCUAGCAAAGGAAUGAGCCCCACGACUGACCCCAGAAUAACAGCUCCAGAGCCCUCGACCGACCUUGCGGAGAAGACGGGGCAAGGACAAUCGGGACAACCAUGCGACCCGGAAGGCGAGGACCUCAUGAACGCGGCGACGUUCUCACCGCCGAGUCUUGCGGUCGGACCGAACGUGUAUAUCGAGUACUGUGAUAGGUGUCGAUGGGCACCCCGAGCAACCUGGAUCCAAACCGAACUCUUCCUGACCUUCCCCAGCCCGACGUUGGCGAGUAUCACCAUCCUCCCCUCUGUGGAGAACGCCGGUCGUUUCAGGGUGUGGAUGAACAAUCUAAGCUUGCCGAACGGAGAAGGUGAAGAUGGGAAGUCGAAGAUGAAGGUUCCCGAGGGGGUCGUGGUCAAGGAGGAUGGAUGGGUUUUGGUCUCGGAUAGGAAGAUCGAGGGGGGGUUCCCUGAGUUGAAGACGCUCAAACAACGGAUACGUUCGCUCGUCCAGCCUUCGCGGGAUCUCGGACAUUCGGACGAGAAGGGUCAUACAGCUCCGGCGUGAGACGUCUAGACUCUGGUAUCAGCUCCAGAGUUCGUUAGGAAGUGUGGGCCAUGUGUGUCCUGACGACAAGCUAUAAAAGCGGGUGAUACCGUACGAUAGGUGUAGAGCCGGAAUCGAUAGCGAACAUGAUCGUCCGUGUGCACCGAACUUGAUUUUCAUGCGAAUUCUUGAACCUGGGUGAUGCUGAUACCGGAACGCUCGCUUACCAUGAUUUCCUGGUUGUGCCCAUCGGCCGCUUCUGGUCUGACAUCAGAAUGUCG